AGCUGAGUUCAAUAUUUCUCUUCAACUUCAAUGACAGAAUAGCGGUUGUAUCUACAAACCGCUUUAUUGGAUAGCUCUCAAGUUUCCCAUGAAACCCACGAGCUCUCCGAUUGCAGUCUGCGACACGAAGAUCGGUUCGUGCACAGAAGGCGGGGCUCCGGAGGAGAAGUGUAAAGCCGGACCGCGUCCUGAGAAGGAUACUGAGACCUGCAGCCCAUCGAACAGCGAUGAGCCCACAGCCGAUGGCGGAGUAGAGCUGGACAACUCCCCAAGAGCUCUGGGUGAAAAGUGCACCAUGGACGAGGAUGACGCGAGCUCCGAGCAAGCCCAGAUAGCAAACAUCAUCCUUCAGCUGUCUCAGCAGCCAGUCAAGAAGAGGAAGACAAAACCAGGCCAUCAUGAAGGAGUGAUGUCCCAUGUUGGCACAGGCGAUCGACUUCCCAUGUCACCUGCUAUGCUUCCUUGCCCGCCGCCCAGUACCCCGAAGACUCCGCAUACACCGCAGUCAAGGCAGCUGGGAAACUUCCCCGAGCCAGCGAGCAACGGGCACAGAGGUUUCGGAAGAGAUUCGCAGUCGCCGCAUGUUCGUGGGUAUGGAAGCCCAGCGCAUUCGAAAGCAGGAGAGGGCCAGGGCCAUAUGUCCUCGCUGAGCCUCGACUCCCCGAUGGACGAGAUGCGUGCCAAUCCUAUGUUGUCGGAGACCAACGUGCAAGGUGAGUCGCCGGGUACGCAAGGCCAGUCAGGUGAUCGCUCCGACCUCUCUGCGAGCUCUCCUGGCAUGCAGUGCGGGCGGGUUCCGAGCGCCAGCGACUCUGGAGCGAUGCACUCCUCCAACUCCAAGGCAACAGAAGCUCGCCGCCCCUACCGGUGUAGCAAGUGUGGAGCAGAAAAGAAAGGGCACCUCUGCUCAGCCAAGGUUACUGUCAACUCGGCGCCUCCUCCUCCGGUGAAGCGCGGGGAUCUUGCUGCCAGGCUGGCUGCGAGACUGCAGGGACAGAACGAGGGAGGCAGCGGGAAUGGCUCUCAGUCUCAGAGCGAGGUACAGGGACUUUCUGCUCAAGAGCUGGACAAACUUCCUUUCUUCCGCAGCUUCAAUGCUAUCGACGUCUAUGGAGAUGCGAUCAUGAACCAUCCUGCCCUUGCCUCUGGCUUGCCAGUCCUCAUGAAAUGUCCUCCUGGAGGGCUUUCGCACAUUGAAAAAUUGCUUUCUGUGAAUCAUGAAGUAUAGAAGUCAAAUGAAAGUUAUCAUCAAUUGACCUUAAAAUGACGUAAAUCUUGUAUCUUUGCUG